AUGGGGCCAGAGGGUGGUUUCCUAGGCAGUGGACAGGUCCACAUCAUCCUGUGGGGAAGUUUGGCAGCCAUGACAACGCUCUUGUUUCUCACCUUCCUCAUCUUCCUCUGCUCCAGCUGCAACAGGGAAAAGAAGGCCAAACACCAGAAUGGAGAUCAUGAAAAUCUGAUGAAUGUGCCUUCCGACAAGGAGGUGUUCAGCCACUCAAUCACAAGUUCGGCUACAGAGCCCGCUCCAAGCAGUGACCAGAAUGGGGCGCUCAGCAACGGCGAGGUACUCUCAGAGGACAGUACAACUGCCUGUAUCCAGCCUUAUGAAGAAGUACAGACAUCUGUCUCUGAUCUGCUAGAUCCACAGGAUAGUCUUGGAAAGUCUCUAAAAUGUCACCAGAGUCGGGAACUACCCAGUAUUCCCCCUAACACCACCAUGGAAACCAUCAUCUCAGCUAGAAAUGCAGAAAUUGAUCCAAGUCUUGCAAUGGAAGGGCCUUAUGAAGUCUUGAAAGACAGCUCCUCUCAGGAGAACAUAGUUGAAGACUGCUUGUAUGAAACUGUGAAGGAAAUUAAAGACGUUGGAGCAGCAGCCAGCAUGGAAGGGAGCUGUAACAGCAAAUCAAAGGCUUCACUGACAGUUUCUGAAGGUCAGAAUCAGAUUCCUGAGUGCAGAAUUGAAUCAGCGGAAUAUGCAUCUGUAGACCGAAAUAAAAAGAGUCGCCAAAGUGCUAAUUCAGAAAGCCCUCUUGACAACACACCAGAUGUAGAGGAUGAGCUUCCCCCUCCGGUACCCAUGAAACUUCUUGACGAAAAUGAGAAUGUUCAAGAAAAAGAAGUGGAAGAAGAAGAAAUAACAGAAGGAGCAAGUAAACCAGAGAAGAGGCUUAGUUCAAUGUCUUACAAGUCUCGAGAGGAAGAUCCAUCUCUUACAGAAGAUGAGAUCUCUGCCAUGUACUCAUCGGUGAGUAAGCCGGGACAGGCCAUCAAGGCACUGGAUUCUCCUUACACCUGUAUUCAAGAAAUUGCAUCUCAGAGGUCCCCAUCGGUUUGCAGUGGCCUCUAUGCAAGUGUGAAGGACUUUGAAAACACCCUAAAUACUACCACUGUGCCUCAGUCAGCAGACAGACCGAACGGGGAGCUGGAGCCUGACUAUGAAGCGAUCCAGGCAGUGAGCCAUGAAGAAGACAGGACCUUUUCUGUGCCUAACACAAACCACACUGCUCUUUCGGGAGAGAAUGACUAUGAGAGCAUAGGGGACUUGCAGCACCACAGGGAUUUCACCAGACUCUAACCACUCCGGCAGGCAGAUUUCAGCAGUUAUCUUACCCACUGGUAUUUUCAAAGGAACACGUGAAACACAGAGAGGGAAGUGCUU